UUGUUAGUUGUUAUCUUUUCCCAGCCCCCAAAUCAAUUGAGAUCCUUUUCCCCUCCUGCCUUGACCCAAGCGAGAAUCCCAAAUCCCUCCUCCCUUCUGAAGCCAAUGAAGCGCUCCUUCGACGAUCGCGACCGCAAACCCUCCUCGGCUGACGACAUCAAGCCCGUCUUCUUGUCCAAAGCCGAGCGCGAGAAGCUUGCCCUCCAGCGCCGCGAAGAGGAGGCCACCGAGAAGAAACGCCGUGCCCUCGACCAACUCAAUCAUCAAUCCCGGUCCAAACCCUCUUCUGAUCCCCCCUCCUCCACCCCCGAUGACAAUCCCCGUCACCAUCGUUCGCGUGAUCGGGAUCGAGACCGUGAUCGUGACACCGAUCGCCGCGGCGGCGGAGGCCGGGAUCGUGAGCGCGAGCGGGAGGAUGAGGCUAGGAGCCGUGAGCGUGCUCGAGUUGAGAAGCAGGCGGAGCGCGAGAAGGAGAAGGAGCUGGAAUCCAUCAAAGAGCAAUACCUCGGAUCGAAGAAGCCGAAGAAGCGCGUCAUCAAGCCCAGCGAGAAGUUUCGAUUCUCUUUUGAUUGGGAGAACACCGAGGACACCUCUCGUGACAUGAACGUUCUCUAUCAGAACCCUCAUGAGGCUCGUCCUCUGUUUGGGCGUGGAUUCCGAGCUGGAAUGGAUCGUCGUGAGCAGAAGAAGCUUGCGGCUCGGAAUGAGAAGGAGAUUCGUGCGGAGAUCCGGAAGAAGGAGGGAGUUGAAGAGCGGCCGGAGGAGGCUGCGGCGCAGCGCCAGAAGGAGGCUGCGGCUGAUCUCUACGAUGCGUUUGAUAUGCGUGUUGAUCGGCACUGGUCGGAGAAGAAGCUGGAGGAGAUGACGGAAAGGGAUUGGCGGAUCUUUCGUGAAGACUAUAACAUCUCUUACAAGGGUUCUAAGUUGCCACGGCCAAUGCGGAACUGGCCUGAGAGCAAGCUGAGCCCUGAGCUCCUCAAGGCCGUGGAGAGAGCUGGUUACAAGUCCCCUUCUCCCAUUCAGAUGGCUGCCAUUCCUCUUGGACUGCAGCAGAGGGAUGUGAUUGGUAUUGCAGAGACUGGAUCAGGGAAAACUGCGGCUUUUGUGCUACCUAUGUUAACUUACAUUACUAGGUUGCCACCAAUGAAUGAAGACAAUGAAGCUGAGGGCCCUUAUGCUGUGGUUAUGGCCCCGACUCGUGAACUCGCUCAGCAAAUUGAAGAGGAGACUGUCAAGUUUGCGCACUAUUUGGGAAUCAAGGUGGUCUCCAUUGUUGGCGGGCAGUCCAUUGAGGAGCAGGGCUUUAAGCUGAGGCAGGGCUGUGAGGUUGUUAUUGCGACACCAGGCCGUCUUCUUGAUUGCUUGGAGCGGAGGUACGCUGUUCUUAAUCAAUGCAACUAUGUCGUGCUUGAUGAAGCUGAUCGCAUGAUCGAUAUGGGCUUUGAGCCACAGGUUGUUGGUGUCUUAGAUGCUAUGCCUUCCAGCAAUAUGAAGCCGGAAAAUGAGGAUGAAGAACUUGAUGAGAAAAGGAUCUAUCGGACCACUUAUAUGUUCAGUGCUACCAUGCCACCUGCUGUUGAGCGGCUUGCUAGGAAGUACUUGAGGAAUCCUGUUGUUGUUACCAUUGGAACUGCUGGAAAGGCCACUGACCUCAUCACCCAACAUGUGAUCAUGCUCAAGGAAUCUGAAAAGCUUCCAAGGCUUCAGAAGCUCCUUAAUGACCUUGGGGAUAAAACUGCGAUUGUUUUCUGUAAUACAAAGAAGUCUGCAGAUGCACGUGCAAAGGAUCUGGACAAAUUGGGGUAUAGGGUAACAACAUUGCAUGGAGGGAAGUCCCAGGAGCAGAGGGAGAUCAGUCUUGAGGGCUUUAGGAGUAGAAGGUUCAAUGUUCUUGUUGCAACAGAUGUAGCGGGGCGUGGGAUUGAUAUUCCAGAUGUUGCUCAUGUCAUUAACUAUGAAAUGCCUGGGAGCAUUGACAUGUACACACAUCGUAUUGGACGAACAGGUCGUGCUGGGAAGACAGGUGUUGCGACCACAUUUCUGACUCUUCAUGAUACUGAGGUGUUCUAUGACCUGAAGCAGAUGCUUGUACAGAGCAAUAGCCCGGUGCCUCCGGAACUGGCGAGGCAUGAGGCAUCGAAAUUUAAGCCGGGGACCAUUCCUGAUAGGCCUCCAAGAAGAAAUGACACUGUUUAUGCACAUUGAGUGUAUGGCAUGGUAAUAUGAGUUAUCUUGAUAUCUUGAAAAUGAUCUGAAAUUUUAGUUGCUUAACUCUUAGGCAGUUUUAUUUUAUGGAGCCUUGGAAAUAUGUUUGAGCACUGCCAGCUGUUGUCUUGCUUUCUAAACGCAGAUGCUUCUAUUUUCUCUUCAUGGUUUUGUUAUCAAGGAUCGCCACUAGUUUCCUUAUGAUAAGCAUGAAGAUGUUUCUGGAAUUCCUGCUCUCGUGAUUCGUGAACAUAUAGAAAUAUGUGUGUGACAGCCAGCUGUUGUUUUGCUUCUAAAUGUAGGUAUCUCUAUUUUCUCUUCAUGGGUUUUUAUUAUGGUUGCCACUAGUUCCCUUAUGAUAAGCAUGAAAAUAUUUCUGCUCCUGCUUUGCUGAACGUAUAUGGGUUCAAGCCAUAUUUUUUUUAUGUAUACUUUCAUAUUUUGGUUCCUCAAGAAACAUCUUGGUUUUGUUUAGGCUUUUAUAAAAUGGAAGAUUAGUUAGGACUUUGUAAUAAAACACGCAGUUGCUCAUCA